GCGGGUCAGAAAGUGCUCCUUGACCAUCAGUAGAGCACUUCCCCCAGCCUUCGUUCCACUGUGUUCUCGCCGCCAUGCCGUGUGCGAGCUCGAGCCACCUCUGGAGUUCUUUCCAGGGCGCUGGAACGACGGCUCCCAACGCUGCCGGGCCCCCCAAUGAGAUGGCGGAGGCGGCGUCCCAGUGGGCGCGCCAUGCCGCCUUCACGGCCUCGCGCGCGGCGCAGGCCGCGCAGUACGCGUCGCAGCAGGCGCAGAUGGCCACGAACUCGGCGCAGAAUGCGGUGGCGCAGGUCAGCUACUUGAUGAAUAAUCCGGAUCUUCGAUCGGCUGCAGCCGCCGGAUUCGGCGGUGACCUUGCAGAUGGUCUGUGUGGCGCUACACAGAUCCUCACGGUGAGACGCUGGAGACUGGUGAGUUGCUGGGGGUUUCCCUAAGGACAGCUGCUCCCCGACUUUGAUGCCAAGCACAAGAGGACAUGGCACACCUUUCUUUGACCGGCGACCCCGGUCGUGGCUCCGGUCGUGCGGUCAUGCAGAGCAGAGCUUUCACCUUGGCCCCGAAGUGUUUGGGUCAGCUGGCGACAUGUUGCAAAGCCGACAGAGCCAAGUCCAACCUCGUUGCAUCGGCAUUUGGCAGAGAAAA